AUGCUCGGCGUCGAAGGCUACGGCAGCGACAGCGACAAUGCGAGCGACAGUGAGACUACCCCACAAGUCUUUACCACUACAUCUAGUGCAUCUAUAACCUCCAGGCUGCCCGCACCCACCAAGAAGUCGACGUUUGCGCUCCCACCACCUUCUAGCUCGGCCUCCUCUUCCAAAGCAUCUUCGGGGCUUGCUCUACCUCCACCUAAGACCAGGAAAGCUCCGAAGAAGAUUGCGAUUGGACUCCCUAGUUUAUCCAAAGAUGAUGACCGCACCUCUGACACCGAUGACCGUCCUCCUACGAAGAAGGCCCGGCUAGAGUCUGGUGCUGGUGCCUCUGGUCUGCUCUCUAUGCUUCCUGCUCCUAAAAACAAAGUACCUAUUGCACCCGCUGCGGAGCGAGUACUUGGUGGAGGACGCGGGCCUGGCUUAGUCUUCAAGGCUACUCCAAGCGCAUCGGUUAGGACAGCAACUGUGGAGGACGCAGAAGAUUCCGAUGGAGAGACGCAGCAACGCGAUGUUCUCGACUCGUCCCAUACAUCCAUCCUGGAGGAGAAAGUGGAGAAGAAGGCGUCAAUACCCUUCAUGCCCACCUCGGUUGCGCGAGGGAAGGCCAAUGUCUCCGUAGAGGAGAAACACUCCGUCCCAGUGUCGCGACCGUCCGCUCCUGCGGUCGACUUCUUUUCACUUGGCACAGCGUCCUCAUCCUCUGCCCGAACUGCCUCCACAUUGCCGUCCAUAUCCGCCGCACCACCAAUAUCCUCUAAGCCCGCUAUCCACGUACCAUCCGCCGCUCCUCAAGUAGAGGACUUUGUCGCGCCAGAGCCCACACCAACAGACCCCUACCCGGGGUACUACCUCCUCCCCUCCGGCCAGUGGGCGGCGUACGAGCCCACAUACUACAAGAAGUUCUACGACAAGUGGAAGCGCGAGUACGAUGCGCACGUCCGCGCGCUGGAGAAGGGCAAAGUCAAGGGCUUCGAGGACUUGGACGCGGAGGGUCUGCAGGAGGUGAAUGCCUUCCAGGAGAUGGAGAAGGCGAAGAAGGUGGUCCAAGAGCUGGAAGAGAGGAAGGCUCUGACGAACGGCGCGGAUGCCGCACCAGAAGCCCCGAAGAUGAAUAUCAAGGGUGCUGCGCUGGGCGGGAGGGCGAGGACACGGCACCAACUGUCGACGCUGCUCACGGAGGCGUACCAGAACCGAGAAGCUUUGGAGGAGAGAAUUGCGCAGGGGCGGAAGAACCGCAAAGAGGCCGGAAACAAGUAUGGUGCGUGUUCUUUGUAG